AUGACUACCCGAAGGGAUAAUUAUUUCAUAGAUAACUCGGCCGUAACUGAGGAGGCCGGGGAAGAUUCUAUGGUAAUAUCGAGGGCUGCUAGCCCAGAUCCCCUACUUACGGGAGGACCCUCUACACAAACUAGGCAAUCGAGCAAACGCUCUGCUCAAGCCCAGUUUACGAGGAAUAUGCAGGAGUUUUUGGAUACCCAUGAGGCACAAAUGAGGUAUCUUGGUACAGCUGGACAGGCCAUGUGGCAGCAGCUACAAAACCUCCAGGAACAAGUGAAAGGGGGCGGGCAAGUCCUGGACAAGAAAGUACGGCAAGAAGCCAUCGCCCACAAGCAACAUCUCGAAUCGCUCUUUGAGCUCGUCGAAAAUGUUCGGCAAGUACAGGAAGCCGCACGAGCCGCCGACCACGAGGUUCUGGAUCGCAACCAUCGGAUUACCCAGAACCAACUACUGGAGGCGGAACGACAGCUGAGAGUUGCAAGAGAAGAGCGAGAGCAGGAGAAGAGGGAACAGCGGGAACUGUUGGCGCAAUUUAAGCAGUCCGAUGACAUAAGAAACCCACCGAGAGGUAAUAUUGGGGGAGACCCAGAACCUUCCGACGACGAUGACGAUGAUAAUAGCGAAUGGUCGCAUGGUCGGAAGAAUUGGAGAAUGAAUCGAGGCGGGAACCGGAAUUCGGCGCCGUCUGAAGACGAGGAUAUGGUAGAUUCACUCGCCAAAAUACCAUUCGAGUUCGAUAAUGCCAGGAAGCAUAACCUGCGGCAUUGGCUCAUGGAAUGCGAGAUCUACUUCGAGCAGAAGCCCAAGAAGUUCCGAACGGACAGGAACAAGGUACUCUUCGCUGGGACGUAUACGUGUGGGUUGGCAAAGGAAUGGUUUAUGGAAUAUAUCGAGACCAAGAUGCUAGGACCGGCAGCCGCGGACUACGCUACUUGGACUCGUUUCCGUCAGGAGAUCAGGAAACGCUUCUUAAGCACUCAGGAGGCUAUGGAAAACGCGAUGAAGAUGCAGCAGUUUAAGUACUCUGCUAACAUCGGAGACUACCUGACGAGAAUGGAGAUCAUGAACCAGCAUGCUCAGAUGAAAGGAGCAUCCUAUCGCGCCGCCCUGCUCCAAGGGCUACCAAACGAAAUCCGGGAGCGCCACUCACGCUUCGAUCCAACCGAUGACGACUCCGAGUACAUCCAACAGUUGGAACGAGCCGGCAAGGCUCACGAGGCUUAUCAAGAGCAGAUGAAGAUGUUGGGGAAAGCGGAGUCGAGAGGAAGAGAGUCGAACAAUGGUGGAAACUCGCGGCAGAAGGAGAAGGGGUUUAAGAUCAAGGGGAGGGCUCAGACUGAGGAGAAAGAAAAGGGGCAAGAUAAGAAGAGCACCAGCAAGAACAAGUCGGGGAAUAAGCCAAUAUACCACGACUACGACGAAGCCACCAAAGGAGUUCCACAGCCGGUCCGAGAACAGCGAAAGACCGAUGGCGUUUGCGUGCGAUGUGGCCGAAAGGGUCAUCUUUGGAAAUGGUGUCGUUCAGAUGUUAAUAGCAGUGCAUCUAUCUCCUCUUUCUCCCGAAAGCGUACCCGCGAUGACGAUGGUGACCACGAUAUGGAACCACCGGAACCCCAACCUCAGAAAAAGCGUAUGAGGCAUCGUGCUAGAAAGCCGGCUGCUACGGCUGCUGCGGAGUACACCACUGGGCAAGCGUUUGUACGAGAACGCGGAUCGGAAUCGGAAAUGGAUUUCGAUAUGGAUUUUCAAUAG